AGAAACCCUAGCAGAGCUCAACAUUUCCCUUUCGGAAGGACAUCCGAAACCCUAGCAGAGCUCCAGUGGCAUUUUGUCAUCAAUUUCUCUCGUUUUUUCUGUCGAUUCGUGUUGCGGUGUUGAUCUCCGCCACUCCGCUGCCGGUAGGAUUGAGUCGGAGGAGAGACGGAAGCUUGCGGAUCUCCCUUGAGCCGAAGCAGAAGAAGCCUCCGUCUCUGUCUCCGGACCUACAGUUUCGACCUCUGAGCCCCCUUCUCCCUCUCCAACUGCGACAUAGCCUUCAUCCUCGGCUUCCAAUAGAAGCAUCAGCAGGAGAAUAGAAGCAUUGUGCCCGCUGUAUUACUAUCACCAACGGCAUCCCAGAAGCCCCAUUUUCGUGUUCGUCAGAGCUUGAUAAACCCUAGCAGAGCAAUCGAACAGCUCGUCUUCGAUUCCUCCCUCCACCGCCACGGAAAAGGGUUCAGGUGUUGAUCUCCGCUGCUACACUGCCAGAAGAAGCAGCAACAGGACAGACGAAGCUCGCGGACCUCCCUUGAGCCGAAGCAGAAGAAGCAGAUCAUCGACCCGAACUCUGAAAAAUUCAAAUUUAGGGCUUUGUCGAUUGAUUCCGCUACUCAAAUCGAGAAAGUCUCCGAGCUUGAGAUCACUGUUCGGGAAGCGGUCGCUGUGGCGAAGGAUCCUGUUCGCAUCCAGGAUUGUGAAGCAUCAUUCUACUCAACCUCCUAACAGUCAUUUACGAAGAAGAGAAGGAAAGCAGGAGGAGGAAGAUGAACAAGAAAAAGGUGUUCAACCUGGCCAAGGGUUUCCGAGGCAGGGCGAAGAACUGCAUUAGAAUCGCGAGGGAGAGGGUCGAGAAGGCCCUGCAGUACUCUUACAGAGACCGCCGCAACAAGAAGCGUGAUAUGCGGUCUCUCUGGAUCCAGCGCAUCAACGCCGGCACUCGCCUCCACUCAGUCAAUUACGGUAACUUCAUGCAUGGGUUGAUGAAGGAUAACAUCCAGCUGAACAGGAAAGUUCUGUCAGAAUUGUCCAUGCAUGAGCCACUUAGCUUCAAGGCCCUUGUGGACAUUUCUCGUAAUGCCUUCCCUGGGAACAAGAAUGUGGUUCAUCCUCCCAGGAAGGUAAGCAUUCCAGUCAGUGUCUAGUAUGUUUGUCGCUUUGUCUUUCUUGUUUCUCUUUUUGGGCUUGACAUUCGACCCAUUGUUUCGUGGUUCCUUCAAAGUUUCUACUGGUUUAGAAAGAAUUUACAGACUGAACUUUGGAAUCUCAAUCAUCUUUUGAUUGCAUAUUCUCUCAAUAUUCUGCAUUCUAUGUUCUCGGAGCUUCUCAUUCCCUUGUGAUAUGGGGAAGAUAUGAAUAGAAGAGGGCAAUGUCGGAAGAGGUUUGAUUUCUGACUA